AUUCUGAAAGGUGGACUGAGAUGUGCUAGAAGACCGGAGCUCCCUCUCCAUCCUCCUCGCCUUCCUCCUGCGCCAGAGCCCCCGCUUUUCCGCAGCGCGGACGGACGCCCCGCCUCCCGCCUUCAAAAGCGAGGGCGCGCCGGGGCGCCGCUCCAGAAGCCUCCAGGAUGAACUUCGGAUCGGACGCGUCCUACCUGUCCUCCUCCUCCUCCUCCUACCGGAAGGUCUUCGGGGAGGCGUCCCGCUAUUCCUCGCACCGGCUGGGCUCGUUGCGGGGCUAUGGGGCGCCCUCCGGCCCGGCCUCGUUCCGCCUGGAGGCGCUGGAGCUGAGCCAGGCCUCGACGCUGGGCGAGGAGCUCCGCCUGGCGCGCACCAGCGAGAAGGAGCAGCUGCAGGGCCUGAACGACCGCUUCGCCGGCUACAUCGAGAAGGUGCGGCAGCUGGAGCAGCGCAACAAAGCGCUAGAGGCCGAGCUGGGCGCCGCCCGGCAGCGCGCCGCGGAGCAGCCCCGCUUGGCCGAGCUCUUCCAGGCGGAGCUGCGGGAGGUGCGGGCGCGGCUGGAGGGCUGCGAGGCGGCGCGGGCGGAGGCGGCGCUGGAGCGGGAGCGCCUGGCGGAGGAGGCGGAGCGGCUGCGGGCGGCGGGCGAGGCGGAGGUGGCGGCGCGGGCCGAGGCGGAGGCGGCGCUGCGGGUCAAGCAGCGGGAGGGCGAGAGCGCCGCCUUGGCCCGCCUGGCCCUGGAGCGCAAGCUGGAGGCGCUGCUGGACGAGCUGGCCUUCGUGCGCCAGGCCCACGCCGAGGAGCUGGCCGAGCUGCAGCGCCCGCCGCCCGCCCCCGCCCAGCUCCCCUCCCAGGCCCCGCGCCCCGAGCUGGCCGGCGCCCUCAAGGAGCUCCGCGCCCAGUACGAGGGCCUGGCCGCACGCAACCUCCAGGCCGCCGAGGAGUGGUUCCGCGGCAAGUGCGCCUCCCUCAGCGAGCAGGCCGCCCGAGGCGCAGAGGCCGUCCGCGCCAGCCGGGACGAGGCCGGCGAGUACCGCCGACAGCUCCAGGCCCGCAGCCUCGAGGCCGAGAGCCUCCGCGGAGCCAACGAGGCCCUCGAGAGGCAGCUCCACGACGCCGAGGAGAGGCACCACGCCGAGGCCAUGGGCCUCCAGGACAACAUCAAUCAGCUGGAAAGUGAACUGAGGGAAACAAAGAGUGAAAUGGCUCGGCACCUGAGGGAAUAUCAAGAUUUACUCAAUGUCAAGAUGGCACUGGAUAUAGAGAUAGCAGCAUACAGGAAACUGUUGGAAGGUGAAGAGACACGUUUUAGCACUUCAAGCAUCAACAUCUCACCUAUGAAUCCUAUUUCCAACCCUAUUUAUUCCUUCCAACCUAGGUUCUUCAGUUCAUCUGUAGGUAGCAGCUCUAAAAUGUCCUCCACCCUUUCUUGUAAGAAAGAGGAGAAAGAAGAGGCUAAGCUGGCCUCAAAAAUGUCCUCAAACCAAGGAGGGGAAGCCUUUGCUGAAGUGAUUGAGGAGACCAUAACAUCCACCAAGAAAACUGAAAUAACAAAUCUGGAAGAACGGAACGUGGCAACCCCCAAAAUGUAACCUGUUACCUUAAGUACAGCUAGCCUUUAAGGGGGAACAAUACAGCUCUUAGACUUCUAAAUUUCCUCUACCCAAAGGUGCUUACCCUUUUGUGUACACAUGUUCUGAAGUUUCACAUCACUAGACUAAUUCAGUAGGAUCACCACAUUAAUGGAUUCAGACAGAUGGGUUGGAGUCUGAAAGCUUACCAUGGAAAAGCUCUGAAAAGAAACUACUGGUAAUUUGCAAACUACUUAGCUGUAUGAUAGUCGGAGCUCACAAUUUCUAAAUUGAGUAGAGUGAGAUUCCAAAACACACAUUUACAGCCCCUCUUAAUGUCUCAGAGCUUAUUCAUACUUCUGAUAUCCCUGAAUUUGCCAUCCACUCUCAACUGAAAAGUGAACAUGGCAUUUUGGUGGUAGUACUGGGGAACGUCACCUUAAUGAAGUGCAGUUCAUUUCCAUCACUUGCCUCUUCAGGCAAAGAAUUCAUGGAUAACUGAAUGCUGCUUUACUUGAUUCCCAGUCUUUGGGGAACACAGUGCCAGAUUUUUUGCCAGCCUUGCUAUUCCAUUUGUGAAUUUUAUGAAGAAGCACAAUGCGUAUAGAAAUUUGGCACAAUCAGCUAACUUCUAAUGUGUGAGUUUGCUUAGGAAGAUGGGAUCUAUAGCAUACCGCACAAUUCAGUGAAAUCAAGGUUGUUCCAUUGAUAUAUAAGGAAAUUUGUAUUUAGCUGCAAUUAAAAUGUCAUGAAGAAGCACUUAAUAUAUUUUCCGUACGCUGGGAUUAUUCCCAGCUAUUUGAUCAAGCUAAGUCUAGUGUAUUCUUCCCCUUUAAAAAAGUCUACAUGAUCAAACAAUUAGAACUCUUUGAUUAGAAAGGUGCAUGUCCAGCCAUUUCUGUGAUUACCCAUGGGCCACUGUUCUCACCAUUUCUUGUGUCAUAUUAGCAAUUAUGUAGAAUCAGUAGUGCCAGCUAUUGAAGAAUUAAAGGUGCUGUAACUAGAUUUUAGUCAUAGCCUCCUAUCAAAAUAUGGCUAAAAGAAAAAGGUUCACGUUCUUGAAUUAUCUGGAAGCACAAUGUCUUGUUGUUUCAAAAGUAGAGACACUUGCUACUUCCUAUUGCUACACUCAACAAUUUAAUAUCAUAAAUAGCUCUGCUUUUGAUUCACAAAUAGGAGUGUAGAUUAUACCAGCUGCUUAUUUCUUUGUUAUUGAAAGCAAUAGUGUUUCUAUGUGCUAUACUGAUAUAAGGUUUGUUAAAAGAUUUUUCUGUAAUGUAUUUUCUUAAAUACAUUCACUGGCGCAUGUUAAGCUCACUAGUGAAUUAUAGUUACUCUUCUGACCUUUUUUUUGGACAGGUUAAAUGGAGCGCAUUUGUUUGGCUGUGCUUGCCAGACUUGGAAGUAAUGCAGCUGAAUGCACACAUAAACACACACAAAUCACUUCUGUUUGAUAAACAACUGGUGCUGUAGACUGCUAAGUAGACUUCUGAUCUUUUCCAAAAAGAGUUAUCACUGGGAGGAAAGAUUCACACCUUUGUCUCUUCCCCCACACCCAAAAAGAAGAGUUCUGAUACAGUAGAAUCUAUUUUCCACCUUGGUCUCCCAGUCUUCAGUAAACAUCUUCAGUCUAUUAUUUGAAUAUGUGCCAAGUUUUAUAUAAAAUUUACUAAUGUAGAUUUUAUUUCAAUGCCUUAAAUUUGCCAGCAAAAUUGCUUUCUGCAGAAGCUGAAGACUGUGUGUAAUGUGAAGUGUUUGUACUGAUGCAUUCUGCCACAACAUUUGAGAACACAAAACCAUUAUGUGUUAUCCAUGUGACUGCAAUAGUUCCUUGAACUGAGAGAAAGUGUUUGCUCACAUUCUUUCCUUCUCCUCUGUAAGGCACAAAUAAAUAAAAGAUGAUAUAACUUUAAGAAA